AUGGCAAGGCAUGUGUUCAAUCGUAUCCGAGAGGGAGUGGUUGCUCAUGACCCAUACUUCGAGUGCAAGACGGAUGCCCUUGGCAAGCUUGGAUUCUCCUCUUACCAGAAAUGCACCGCGGCCAUCCGCAUGCUUGCAUAUGGAAUUCCAGGCGAUCUGGUGGAUGAGUAUGUGCGUAUGAGUGAGACAACAUGUCUGAUGUCAAUGUACAAGUUCUGCCAGGCUGUGAUCGAGGUGUUUGACCCUGAGUACUUGAGGCAGCCAACUGCCGCUGAUACAGAGAAAUUGUUGGCGACCAACGCAGCUAGAGGCUUUCCAGGCAUGCUUGGCAGCAUAGAUUGUAUGCACUGGGAGUGGAAGAACUGUCCAUUUGUUUGGCAAGGCCAGUACAAGGAGCAUGUCAAGGUGUGCACUGUCAUAUUAGAAGCGGUGGCUUCGCAUGAUCUUUGGAUAUGGCAUUCUUUCUUCGGCAUGGCAGGUUCUCACAAUGAUAUCAACGUGCUGCAGCGUUCUCCAGUCUUCGCAAGGCUUGUAGAAGGCCACUCCCCACCUGUAAACUUUGAGAUCAACGGCCACCAGUACAACAAGGGAUACUAUCUAGCUGAUGGUAUAUAUCCUCAGUGGUCAACUUUUGUGAAGACAAUCUCGAAACCUCAAGGUGAGAAGAGAAAGAGAUUUGCCCAAAUGCAAGAGAGUGCUAGAAAGGAUGUGGAACGUGCUUUUGGUGUGCUUCAAUCCCGGUGGGGUAUCGUUCGAAACCCUGCACUGUCAUAG